CAUACACCGCCUGGAUCCGCUUUUGGUCUUUUGAGUCUUCGUCUGGCACUGUGAAAUUGUGCCAUGUCGCCAGUUGGAGAGUUCACUCGCGGCGUUGGCCGGCUUUUCCAAGGACGCAAGGCCUCCUGGGCUUUGUCGGAGGAGUUUCCCCCGACCGCGAAGCCGCAGAUCAUCCAGGGGCCGAGAGGUCCAGUGGAAGUUUGGCCGGAAAAAUGGGGCAUCACUACCAGCCAAUUUGCCAGGUUGUUGGAAGAGUGCCAAGAAGAUGCAGAUUGGAGCGAUGACUUCACCGUUGCGCAGCUGGUGCAAAAGUAUGUGAUUCCGCGGACUCAGGGGACUGGAUUGAGCUAUGCUCUCAUGGUUAACGUUGAGAAUCCGAAGGAGGUGGAUGUGAUGAUCUCCCAUGCGUGGGCAGAGAACGCCCUGGACUUUUGCCGUACGUUGGAGCGAUCCGUGCAAGAUCAUGAGCCACUCUUCAUUUGUGCGCUGUCCCUCUACCAGUGCGAGGACGAGUAUGGUCCCAGCAUUGCAGAGCAGCUUGGGACACAUCCGCAGGAGAGUCCCUUCCACCGCGUUUUGAAGAAGAUCCAUGACAGAGGAAAAGAGAUCGAAGACUCUGGAGGUUGGUGGCGGAACCGGCAUUGGUUGCAACGACUUCCAUGGGUAAUGCUGCUGAUUUCCAUCACCUGCGUUUUCACUCCAGUCAUUCUCAAAGGCUGCAUCCCAAUGUAUGACCACUGUGCCUAUGGGACGUGCCAUCCUUUGUUAGAAUUUCUGCCCGUUUACAUUUGGGAGUGGCAGUUCAAACCUUUGGAGGGCACUAUGCGGAUUCUAGUGCGCAUUGGCCACAUUUUUGGAGUGCUGACGGUGUUCCUGUUUGUGGUCGUGGAGAUUCUUCGAUGGAGCGGACACAUCUUCAAGGGCCGUAUGGUCGCUGUGCCCAAUCACAAUUGCGAAAUGUACACGCGAUUGUGGUGCGUAUUCGAGAUGUUUGUAGCUCAGAGUUUGCUGGUGCCUGUCAAGCUUGCAAACACUCUAGCCUCUGCAGGAGAAGUCAAUUCUGCACAUGCCCAAUGUAGCCAAAAGGAAGAUGCAAUGAAGAUCCAUGCGCAGAUCCGUGACUAUCACGAUGAUAACUCAGGAGCAGAUGAGGAUGAUAGUGAGGAUGAGGCUGGCUACAAGAUGUUGGAUGAGGCCAUCUACCAAGUCAGCAAUAAGGCCUGGACUCGUGCAAUCCUCGUGGAGGUACUGAUGGCCUUUCCCUUGGCCUUGUGUCUCAUGUGCACGGUGAGACUCAUCAAGAAAGGUUCGAUGCACUGGUGGCAGGAGCAAGCAACCAAACGUGGCGGCCUAGAGUGGUAUCACCGAGUCCUGUACUUGGCCUCCCAUGGCCGAUUGGGCUACGAUCUCUUCUGCAGUGAGGUCUUCGAGGCUUCUCCGAAGGCCUUGUGGUCAUGGUGUCUCAUCAUCGGCACACUUCUGGGCUACUGGAUUGUUCUGGGCUCGGUGGUCUACGUGGCCAAGAAGGCACAAGGCCGCAUCACCUUCUGUUCGAUCAUCCAGAUUGCCCUUGGGUUGAUCUUCUUAGAGGUUGUGGUGAAUGUGCUCAUUGUUUCGGGCGAACGUCUUUUCGGCACGUGCAGCCAUCAUCCAUACCGCUUAAACUGGUUCGUGAUCGGCUUCACAGCGGCCUUGGCCCAGGGCUCAUUGAUACUUCUCUUGCUGCUUUUGGUCGUGGCUCUUCGAUAUAUCUUGAUUGGACCUCCAACUUUGCUGGGCAAAAAUGCGGAGAUCGCAGUGAAGGCAUUCUUAGUUCUUGCUGGAAUUGGCGCUUUCCUCUUCAUUAUGUUUGCCACUUGCCGUGUGCAUCGGCCGGAGCACUUCUUUCCCAGUAUCGUCGUCAACGCGUCCCUCAUCUUUGGUUGGCUCUUGGGGCCUUUGGCCAUUCUGUGGACCAAUGCUGUCCGCUUUGGAGUCAUGUUGGUUCCAUCAACAGCCACAGGCAGCGAGCUGCACCAUACAUACAAUGAGGUGACUGACAGCAGCGAUGGUUGGAGUGAUGAACCCUGAGCAGCCUGAGCAGCGUGGGGACAGCUCGACAGUAGAAAAAGACUGUUCAGCAGUCUGCAUAGGAAGGCAUGAGUCAAAACCAAUGACCCUUGGACCCACCCUCAUGCCUGAAGCCGAGUCUCCAGCUUUGGAGAGACUAGUUCGACAACCCGGGGUGCUUCAUGCCCCCGGUGGUCACAACAGCUGCAGGUGGUGAUGCCCCCAGGUCUGGCCGGAAGGA